AUGGAUGGACUAUUAGCGUUUGUUGCAACCUAUUUUUAUAGCCAACAAUCCAUUUGGUGGAGAGAUUUAUGCAAGAUUAAUUUGUUGGAUGGGGUGGUUGCCAACGGUUUUUCCGGGAGUUUCAAGUGUUGUUGCAAGAAUGGCAAAGAUGUUCUUUUUUGGCAUAAUAGGUGGUUGGGUGAUCAACCUCUUUGCUUGGUCUUCCCGGAUUUAUAUGAUCUUUCUAGCAUGAAACAUUGCACAGUGGCGGAUAUUUUAGAAUGGAUCGAUGGGAUGCAUAGUUGGAGGUGGGAAGCUUUGUUCUCGGCCGAAUCCAACCCCGGAAAUGGCAUUCCAGCCGCGGCAGCAACCAGCCAGAACUGGGCUCGGUUUGCCGACAGCAUAAGCGGAUUUCUCCCUUGUGAAUCAAGCCGAGAUUCUUUCUCUUGGUCCUUCUAUGGAGACAACGAUUUCACCGUUUCAAGUUUGGCUCAUGCGGUUGAUAAUGCCAAAUCUUUAGCUUGGGAUCCUAUAGUGAUUAAUUCGUUGAAAGUGAUGUGGGAUCUCAAACUCCCACCGAAGAUUAAGGUCUUUGCUUGGAGAGCCUUCAUUGAUCGGCUUCCAACUAGAGAUCAAUUGUUGAAUAGAGGUGUGGUUACCGUUACUUGCCCGGAUUGUGUGAUGUGUGGUUCUUUCCUUGAAUCUUCUUCCCAUCUUUUUUUCUAUUGUCAAGAGGUGAAAGUUAUUUGGAAACAUGUCUUUUUCUGGAUCGGUUCACCGAAGGAAUUUACCGAAGAGGAGAUGCCGUGCUUUGAAGUCAUCCAAGAAAAGGUGAAUUGUAGUAAACGUCGUAUUUUGAUCAACUUCGUUUGGUUGGCUACUAUUUGGAGUAUUUGGCUUAUGAGGAAUGCCAUUAUCUUUAAGGGGGAGGUGUUUUGUUUUGAUGUUAUUUGUUCUAACAUUGUGUUUCUUUCUUGGAGGUGGUUAUGUACUGGAUAUACUAAGUUUAGACCAAUUUACUACGAAUGGUUUAAACUUCCCUUAUCCGUCUCUUAUAACCUCUAG